GGCAGCAGCGCAAUUGCUUCGCUUAAAAAGAGUAGUUUCAAAGACUACUAUUGCAGGUAUAGGAGGUGGUAAUGGCAACGUCGUUUCCAAAUACAUGGUGAAUGUCAAUAUACAAUCGUUGCAUGAUCCCUCUUUUACUGUAAAUGUUACUGCGCAUGUACUAAGCUCACUGACCUCGGUUAUGCCAGAUACAGAUUUUGAACUUGAGAAUUGGCCAGAAAUUCAGAGUAUACGUUUAGCAGACCCAAAGUUCAACUGCCCUACGAAAAUCGACAUUUUAUUAGGAGCUGAAACAUACUGUCGUAUAUUAAGGGAAGGUCUGAUCAAGAGUCCAGCGGGUUCUCCGGUCGCACAAGACACACAUUUAGGUUGGAUUGUGUCAGGGCAUGUUAGUAAGGCAAAUAAGUUUCUAAGCUCUCAUAAUACAGUAAGCGCGAUGCACACUCAAAUUGAAGAGAAUGAAAUGUUAAAACGUUUAUGAGAACUAGAUUCUGAACCUGCUGUGACGAAAAGGCUUUUUACGCCUGAAGAACAGGCAUGCGAAGAGUUUACGCAAAAUCAACGGAAAGAGACGAAAAUGGGCGUUAUGUCGUAAAAUUACCUUUUCGUUCAGAAAAUUCACCUUGUAAAUACGGUCAUUCUAAAAAUAUAGCUGUAAAACGAUUGCUUGGUUUAGAAAGGAAGUUGGCUAGGGAUAAAGAAUUAAAACAACAGUAUACUGAGGUAAUAAACGAGUAUUUAUUGCUGGGCCACAUGGAGAAAAUCCUCGACGAACCUGAAAGAAAUAAAGGUGAUGCGGUUUAUUUGCCCCAUCACGCAGUGGUUAGAAAGGAUAAACUGACCACUAAAGUAAGAGUGGUUUAUGAUGCGUCAUGUAAGGGGACAAACGGAGUUUCCCUAAAUGACACCUUAAUGAUAGGACCCACUCUUCAGGCAGAUUUAAGACACAUUGUCAUGAGAUGGCGACAACAUCCGAUCUGUUUGGCAGCAGACAUAGUAAAAAUGUAUCGCCAAAUCAAAGUAGCUCGAUCGGAUGCAGAUUUCCAAAGAAUUGUAUGGAGAGAGGAUCCGGACGAAGAGAUAGAGGACUUCCGAGUGCUGACUGUCACAUUUGGCACGUCAAGCGCCCCUUACUUAGCUGUCAAGUCAUUGCACCAGGUAGCAUGCGAUGAAGGUAGUACGUAUCCAUUGGCUGUUGAAAGGGUGAAGUCCGACUUCUACAUGGACGAUCUGAUGACCGGAUGCGAAUCUGAAACAGAAGUAAAAAUAAUUUAUAGUGAAAUGAAUAGUUUAUUAGAGAAAGGAGGGUUUCAAUUGCAAAAGUGGACAAGCAAUAGAAUGUCCUUAUUGGAAACGUUAAAGGAAAGUUCUGGUAGAGACCUGGAAAUUAAAACUGAUAAAGUAACUAAGAUAUUGGGACUUACCUGGAUCCGGAACACGGAUGAAUUUGAUUAUUCUGUGAAGAUGUCACCUCCUGCUGCAACUGAAACAAAAAGAACGGUCAUAUCUGAAAUAUCACGGCUUUAUGAUCCGUUAGGUUGGAUAGCGCCGUGCAUUAUCACCUCGAAGGUUUUCAUACAAAAGCUAUGGAUUAGUGGUAUAGGCUGGGAUGACGAACUUCCACCAAAUCUGUUAAAAGAAUGGAGAUAUUACAGAUCAGAAUUGGAGAAACUGGUGGAUUUUCAUCUUCCUAGAUGCAUGAGCAAAGGCAAAGAAGAUAUAACGAUGGAACUCCAUGGCUUUAGCGAUGCGUCCAAUACAGCUUAUGCGGCUGUGGUGUAUUGUCGCGUUGUUAGUGCUACUUCACAAGUACACUCGCACCUCAUAACCGCAAAGACAAAGGUGGCUCCGGUUAAGCAGAUAUCCAUUCCAAGACUGGAACUGAUAUCUGGCACUCAUGGCACGUAG